CGCCGCGCGCCUGACUCGCCUAUAAGGAGCUGUCCGCCGCCCGGGUGCUGAUUCCAGCUCUAGCAGCCGACGAGGCGCGUUCGGCCAUCCUCUGAGCUGGGCGCCUGCUGUUGCGUCGGGUUUGGAUUUGCACCUUUAAGGCGGGGGGACGAAGAGGAGGAAACGGGUGCAGCCGGCGGCAGUUGUGGGGACAGUAGCUCCAUCCUCAGCUCCAGAGAAGCCCCCGCUACGGUUUCGAUAGAGCCUUUGGGCACGGGAUGGAGUGAAGCCGCGAGUGCCUCUCCAAGGGGGGUGGGAGGGGGUCAGACGGUGCAGAGGAGAAAGAGAGAGAACGAAGAAGCCGCGGCUGGCGCCUGCGAAUUUGGGAUUCGAUUGGGAGGUACCUCUUACUCGGGGAAAUGGAUUCUGGACCACGGCUGACCAGCGUUUUCACUUUGCUCUUCUCCGGUUUGUGGCAUUUAGGAUUAACAGCGGCAAAUUACAACUGUGAUGACCCAUUAGCAUCCCUGCUGUCUCCAAUGGCUUUUUCCAGUUCCUCAGACCUCACUGGUGCUCACAGCCCAGCUCAGCUCAACCGGAGAGCUGGAACUGGUGGUUGGUCCCCAGCAGAUUCCAAUGCUCAGCAGUGGCUCCAGAUGGACCUGGGAAACAGAGUGGAGAUCACAGCCGUGGCUACACAGGGGAGACAUGGGAGCUCGGACUGGGUGACGAGCUACAGCCUGAUGUUCAGUGACACGGGGCGCAACUGGAAACAGUACAAGCAAGAAGACAGCAUUUGGACCUUUGCGGGAAACAUGAAUGCUGACAGCGUCAUGCACCACAAGCUGCUGCACUCAGUGAGAGCUCGAUUCAUCCGCUUUGUGCCCCUGGAGUGGAAUCCAAGUGGAAAGAUCGGCAUGCGGGUGGAGGUGUAUGGAUGCUCCUACAAAUCAGAUGUUGCCGACUUUGAUGGCCGGAGCUCCCUUCUGUACCGGUUCAACCAGAAGCUGAUGAGCACGCUCAAAGAUGUGAUCUCCCUGAAGUUCAAGAGCAUGCAGGGAGAUGGGGUCCUGUUCCACGGAGAAGGACAACGUGGAGACCAGAUCACCUUGGAGCUCCAAAAGGGCAGGCUUGCCCUGCACCUCAACUUGGAUGACAGCAAACCUCGGCUCAGCAGCAGCCCACCCUCGGCCACCCUGGGCAGCCUCCUGGACGACCAGCACUGGCACUCCGUCCUCCUGGAGAGGGUGGGCAAGCAGGUGAACUUCACCGUGGACAAGCACACGCAGCACUUCCGUACCAAGGGCGAGGCGGACGCCUUGGACAUCGAUUAUGAGCUUAGUUUUGGAGGAAUUCCAGUCCCAGGCAAACCUGGAACCUUCCUAAAGAAAAACUUCCACGGAUGUAUGGAAAACCUUUACUACAAUGGAGUAAACAUAAUUGACCUGGCUAAAAGGCGGAAGCAUCAGAUCUACACUGUGGGGAAUGUCACUUUCUCCUGCUCUGAACCGCAAAUUGUCCCCAUCACGUUUGUCAACUCCAGCAGCAGUUAUUUGCUGCUGCCCGGCACCCCCCAGCUUGAUGGGCUGUCUGUGAGUUUCCAGUUUCGGACAUGGAACCAGGAUGGUCUGCUUCUGUCCACGAUGCUGUCCGAGGGCUCAGGCACUCUACUGCUGAGUUUGGAGGGUGGACGCCUGAGACUCGUGAUUCAGAAGAUGACAGAACGUGCAGCUGAAAUCCUCACAGGCAGAAACUUGAAUGAUGGCUUGUGGCACUUACUUAGCAUCAAUGCCCGGCGAAACCGCAUCACUCUUACCUUGGACAAUGACGCGGCCUCUCCGGCCCAGGAUACCAGCCGCAUGCAGAUCUAUUCUGGAAACAGCUACUACUUUGGAGGCUGCCCUGACAAUCUCACCGAUUCCCAAUGUUUAAAUCCCACGAAGGCUUUCCAAGGCUGCAUGAGGCUCAUCUUUAUUGAUAACCAGCCCAAGGACCUCAUUUCAGUUCAGCAAGGUUCCCUGGGGAAUUUUAGUGAUUUACACAUUGAUCUGUGUAGCAUCAAAGACAGGUGUUUGCCAAACUACUGCGAACAUGGAGGGAGCUGUUCCCAGUCCUGGACGACCUUCUACUGUAACUGCACUGACACAGGCUAUGUGGGUGCCACCUGCCACAAUUCCUUGUAUGAGCAAUCCUGCGAGGUGUACAGGCAUCAGGGCAACACAGCUGGUUUCUUCUACAUCGACUCAGAUGGCAGUGGGCCCCUGGCGCCCUUCCAGGUGUACUGCAACAUCACAGAGGACAAGAUCUGGACAUCAGUGCAGCACAACCAUAUGGAGCUGACCCACGUGCGAGGUGCCAGUGCUGAGAAGCCUUACUCCAUGGUUCUGGACUACAAAGGCAGCCUGGAGCAGCUGACAGCUGUUAUUGACGGCUCAGAGCACUGCGAGCAGGAGGUGGCUUACCACUGCAAGAGAUCCCGCCUGCUCAACACGCCCGAUGGAGCCCCGCUGACCUGGUGGAUGGGGCGAUCCAACGAGAGGCACCCAUACUGGGGUGGCGCCCCUCCUGGAGUCCAGCAGUGUGAUUGUGGCCUGGAUGAGAGCUGCCUGGACAUCCGGCACUUUUGCAACUGUGAUGCUGACCAGGAGGAAUGGACAAAUGAUACUGGCUUUCUUUCCUUCAAAGACCACUUGCCUGUCACUCAGAUAGUUAUCACUGAUACCAACAGAUCAAACUCAGAAGCUGCUUGGAGAAUUGGUCCCUUGCGUUGCUAUGGAGACCGACACUUCUGGAAUGCGGUAUCCUUUUAUACAGAAGCCUCUUAUCUCCACUUCCCGACCUUCCAUGCGGAAUUCAGUGCCGAUAUUUCCUUCUUUUUUAAAACCACGGCUUUAUCUGGAGUUUUCCUAGAAAACCUUGGCAUUAAAGACUUCAUCCGACUUGAAAUAAGCUCUCCUUCCGAGAUCACCUUUGCCAUCGAUGUUGGCAAUGGCCCCAUAGAGCUCAUAGUCCAGUCUCCAGCACUCCUGAACGACAACCAAUGGCAUUAUGUCCGGGCCGAGAGGAACCUCAAGGAGACCUCCCUCCAGGUGGACAGCCUCCCAAGGGUGACCAAGAAGACUUCAGAGGAGGGCCAUUUCCGGCUACAGCUGAACAGCCAGCUGUUUGUAGGAGGAACAUCCUCAAGGCAGAAAGGCUUCCUUGGAUGCAUUCGCUCCUUACACCUGAAUGGGCAGAAACUGGAUCUGGAGGAGAGCAAAGUCACGUCUGGAGUCCGGCCAGGGUGCCCAGGCCACUGCAGCAGUUACGGCAGCACCUGUCACAAUGGGGGCAAGUGUGUGGAGAAGCACAGCGGGUACUUCUGUGACUGUACCACGUCACCCUACGAAGGGCCCUUCUGCAAAAAAGAGGUUUCUGCUGUUUUUGAGGCUGGCACUUCGGUGACUUAUGUGUUUCAAGAACCCUAUCCAGUCACCAAGAACCUAAGCCUCUCCUCCUCGGCCAUUUAUGUGGAUGCAGCUCCAUCCAGAGAAAACAUUGCGUUGAGCUUUGUGACAGCCCAGGUUCCUGGUCUCUUGCUCUAUGUCAAUUCUUCUUCUCAGGACUCCUUGGCUGUCCUGAUCUGCAAGAAUGGAAGCUUACAAGUUCGCUACCAGCUGAGCAAGGAAGAAAUCCAUGUGUUCACCAUUGACACAGAGAACUUUGCCAACAGAAGACUCCACCACCUGAAGAUUAACCGAGAGGGCAGAGGGCUUACCAUCCAGGUGGAUGAACAACUCCGACUCAGUUAUAACUUCUCCCCAGAAGCUGAGUUCAGGGCCGGCAAGUCACUCACCUUGGGCAAGGUCACAGAGACUCUUGGAUUGGAUGCUGAAGUUGCUAAAGCAAACAUCCUGGGUUUUAUUGGCUGUCUGGCUUCAGUCCAAUACAACCACAUAGCACCGCUGAAGGCAGCCCUGCGCCAUGCCACCAUCGCACCUGUAACCAUCCAAGGGACCCUGACGGAGUCCAGCUGUAGCUCCGUGAUGGAUUCUGAUGUGAAUGCAGUGACCACAGUGCAUUCUUCCUCAGAUCUUUUUGGGAAGACAGAUGAGAGGGAACCACUGACCAAUGCAGUCCGAAGCGACUCCGCCGUCAUUGGAGGAGUAAUAGCAGUGGUGAUAUUCAUCAUCAUCUCCGUCAUCGGCAUCAUGACCCGGUUCCUCUACCAGCACAGACAGUCACAUCGCACUAACCAGAUGGAGAAGGAAUAUCCGGAAAACUUGGACACGUCCUUUAGAAAUGACAUUGAUUUGCAAAGCACAGUGAGCGAGUGUAAGCGGGAAUAUUUCAUCUGAAAAUCUGCAGGGUCACCUCAUACUUUCUUUGUUCUUUUUUUUUUUUCUCCCCUUCUCUUUCUCCUCUCUUCUCAUUUUGGUCAUUCCCUUCCACUUAUUGGUUUUCCGUUUAUUUUUGGAACAUACCUGCAAUCACCACAGCAUCUAUCCCCUCGAACCAACCCAGAAUACCAGGCAGCUAUGGCCACUGCCUUCCUCUUUGACAAACUCACCGUGGUGAAAAAGAUCACGCAAGAGACAGACUUGACAACAUUAGACAAGGAAGAGACACGUGUGCACACGAACAUCUUCAGUUCUGAAUUUCCAGUUUCCAGGAUACGCCCUUCACAUCUGCAGCCAUCCCGUCUUGCAGGCUUACCUUGAACCUGAGCUCUGUGACUUAGGCAUGUACCCAUCAUCCUCAACACCCCCCCAUUUCAAGUCUCUUCUAACCGGGGAACUCAGGGUACCCAAGAGAAGAUGUCAGGGCCUGGCUUAUGAUAGUAGCACUUCAGAAGGAACAAGAGAGGUGUGUUUUGUGUUAAUGCUCCUGACCCUAGGAAGUCCUUUGCCCCAAGUCCUCAUCAUUCCCUAUGGCUUGGAUGCCCUGAGUAUUUUCAAAUAUAGGAUUCCUGAUAGUAGUGGGCUAUGGCUUUGUUCCUUUCUUACCACCCUCUCCUGGGGCUGACCGUUUAGAACACACAAUAGCAUAAACCUAGGGGAAGCAUGGAAAAUAGUAGCUUGAUACUAGGAGGUAAAAAGAAAGCUGCUAGGAAGUAGAUGUUCUAUAACUUCAAAAAUGCCUCUUCCAAUUUAGUAAGAAAUGUUAGCUAGGCUGUUCCUGGAAUUGUUAUACUGGAAUAUAAUAUAUAUUCCAGGAUAUAUAUAUAUAUAUAUAUAUAUAUCCAGUUGGCAAUUCAAAUAAAACUCUAAAAUAGUAACUGGUUCCAUGAAAGAACCUAAACCAUCUUAACUCAGCUUUAAAGAUAAACAAAAAGAAAACAAGACAAACAAAGUGAACAAAAAAGACUGCAUGAAAGAAAAGAAAUAACCAGACAGAAUUCUUUCCAUCCGGCCACUCACUAAAGUCUGGUGAAGAAAGUAAGCAUAGGUUUCACCCUUUCGAAUGGACAUCAUAAUGCAUGUCUGUCCACUGAGCCCUUUUCCUGAGAAGUUUAAGAGGCACUGACCUACGAGGCAUUCUGGCUAAUGCCAGCACACCCCUCCUGCUUAAUUUCAAAGGAACUCUUAGGUUCUGUAGCGCAUCCCAUGUUCAAAUCUGUGUCAUCCUGUGUGUAUGGAGGCCCCGCAUGCUUCUUGUAGGAACAAACUCCCAGGCAAGGCAGAGAUCCACUUUAGGGUCGUUGCCCACUUUUAGUGAUAAAGCAUCAGAGAGACACAGUCACUCCUUCAAGAAGGUGUCUGGGCUCAUCCCCAGGUGGUGGUAAGAAUCCCAGUGAUUUUGCUAUAGGAAUAUUCCCCACUGUUUGUUGCUGGGUCACCUUAAGGAAAAGCAUGGGGGGAACGGGGGGACCAUAUCAGUGCUCUGGGAUGCUGGGAAUGCAGAUGGAAUGGUGCAUAGGUGUGGAAAGUACUUGCUUGAGUAACUUUAUGAGACAGACUGGGUUUGGGAGACAGUGACCACAUAGCUGUGGUCCAGCCUCCACAGUUAGCAGGCAUCCUGCCUUGUUCUCAGUGUGUCUGCGCCUCUGACUGUUUAACACUUUCCUGCAGGAUGAGGCUCACGGUGUGGAACUCCUCUGCCUUGCCUCCUUUCAGGUCUAAGUCAGGCUUUUCUUUCCGUUUCAGAGCAUGGGGUGGGUAAGGAUUUAGCUUGUAAUCAUAUUUCUCAGCUUUAAGAUGUUUCGAAAUACCCACCCUCUUUUUAAAAGUCUUCUGUGCAUUCUUAAUCAUUCCCAUUAUAUCCUUUGGCUGGCAAAUAUAUUUUAAAGUGAUCCUAACAAGGGCACAUUUUUUUUCUAACUUUAAUAAGAUGAAUGAUCUGUUAAUAAGAGGGAAAGAUCUUUAAAUACUGUUUCCUCCUGCCCUGUUGGCUCCUAUUUCCAAUUUCACUUUUGAGUUUUCAAUUUCCAUAAAAAGGCUGUAUAAAUCAGUCUUUUCCUUGCCUACAUAGUCCUUUGUCCCCUGAAAUAAAAGUCACCAUGAAGUGUAGUGGGUUUAGCCUGAAGCAUCUCCAAUAAUGAAAUGGAAAAGGAAAGGAAGGUGUGAGUAAUAAAGCUGCAACUGCUCAUUAUUCAAGUCUCUGAGAGCAGAGACUGUAUUUUGCUGACAGAGAACUGUUAGAAGAAAUGGAAGACUAGCCAAGGCCAACUUCGAGUAUUUGCUUUUCUCAUCUAUUUAUAUAUGCUUGUAGGUAGCUCUGUAGGGUGAAGAAUUUGGGGAGCCCCAUUCUUGUCACAGCUGCCCUGCAGAAGCUACCAGCACACCUCCCCGUACAUAUAGACUAUAAAUCCAUCAAUAGUACGUAUCACAGACUUAAUGACAAAUGCCAAGACAGUGCAAUCUGCAUGUCACUCUUAGAGUCUCAGGGCUAAAUCAGAACUAUUUUUACAGGGUUGGGAUGUUUCAUAACCCCAGAGAACACUAACUCUCACCAGAUGUGUAUGGAAAGCAAGCAAACUGCUCCCUCCAAAGGAAAACGCGAUUUCCAGUUACAAAUAAGUGCUAACUCUGCCUGUCUUUCCUCUGUGGUACCACAAUCCAUGGAGUGUUGUGCAAUUGUUUAAUUGUGUGAGUGUUUCCAUUCUUGAACAAGUAUAAUCUCAAACAAACUGUCCUGGAAAGCAUUUGAAUUCCUCAAGACCAUUUUCUGCGUCGGGAGUCAGGUUUCCUGACUGCCUGCUCUGGUCAGCCGCAUUAGCGUAACCCUACAUGUUAACCCUCGGUCUUUGGUAACUGCUGUUUACCAAAAUAUUUUAUGGAAUGUGGUCACUUUACAGUAAAACCAAAAAUAUCUGUGCAAUUUCGCAUUCUUAGGGGGCAAUUUCAUGGAUCCCAUUCCCACCAAACAAACCUGGUUAUGUUAGCAACCAUGCAUUUGCUUACCACAAACAUUUAUUUAACACCUUGUGUGUUAGGUUAGAAGGUCAUGGUUUCUAGGAGAAGUUGUCUAGGGAAGUGACAUGGCCACUUCUUUAGAUAUAUUUUUAAGGAAAAGCUUAGCCUCUUCUCUACUCAGAACUGCAAGUGUAAUAUUUAUUUUAAGCAUCCUAGGGCUGAUGUUUUUAGAAACGGUUUUGAUUAUCUUUAGUAAUAACGGAGGUGGUACUAACCUGACUUCCAUCUUUUGUUGGACUGAUGCUCACCACAGGCAAAAGAAAAAAUAGUUCUGUAUUCAUCCCUCAUUGAAUAGCCAGGAGUCCAGGGGUUGGGCCAGGUAUUGAGCGUACAUCUGUUACACCUUGUUCUUGCCCUUGGGAUGCUCAUAGCCUAGCAGGGGAGGUGGACACUGCUGCUGUAAUGGGGGUGUGGGGGGUGUAAAGUGCUAUAGAAGUUCGGACAGAGGCCCUUCACUAGCAUUCUUGCAACACCCUUGCUAGAGACUGAAAGAAAGAUACUUUCUGGAACAUAUUUUUUAUUUUUCUCCUUGUUUAUUACUUCCACCCUCUAUGGCUGCUUGGUUUCUCUUCCUAAAGCAAACAUCUCUCUGUGCAGCUGUGUAUAUUGAAGGAAGAUGGGUUGACCCUUGGGGGAUGGCAGGAUGAAUAGUUGCUCUGUCUCUAGGUGACUUUGGGGAGACCGUGUUCUCUCUAUACUUGUUUUAAUUCUGGUUGGGGGUGGAGGGUUCUCAAAGUCCUCCCUCCUUUUCAGACCUGGGUGAAAACCCGGGGACCUAUCUCAGGCAGGAAACAGCAAUGUCCACUUUGCCCUUCCUCUUUCCCUCAGCUUUUUUGGGUUGUGACCCAUCACAUGCCCUUGGUCCCUUAGGAGGUCCUUGUCCUGUAUCAGCUUCUCCUGAGACACCCCUGCAUCCUGCUGAAUCAUUUGGACUCUGCUUAGGAAGGUCUCUGAGAACUGGACAAAGUAUGCCUUUGAAAAAUAACUGACUAGAAGGCAUUGUCCAUCAGGCGAGGUCUCACGACUGUGCUUUGGUGACUUUUUCCAAUCCUGGACACCCCACAUUUCUCUUCUCUGAAGGAAGCUAGUUCAGUGAGAGAAGCUGCAUGGGAGGCUAUAUGCAGACCAUCCUCCCCCUGACAUUUGAGGAGAUGGGAAUUAGGCCAUUGCAUUCUUUCUUAUAAAAAGACUUGACGGCUUGCCCUGGCGUCUUUUCCCCCAUAGCCAUAACCCAUCAAAAGUGCAUUGUAACUGAGCCUGCCAAAGGGAAUUUGAGAUGCUGCAUAAAGCUGUGCUUCUCAUUUUCCCUUAACCUCAAGCCUUGGACAUCCUGAUUCCUCCCUUGGCCUCAAGGUCAUAAGAAGCCCAAACAAAUAAAGAACCUUGUUUAAUGGUGCAGAUGCCAAGGUAGUGAAAGGAAGAGGGUGUAGGCAAACUCAGCGCUUUGAGAAUACUUGGAGGAUACAUGAGAUGAGUGUGAUUCCAUGCCUCUCAUGCAAUUUGAAAGUGUGUUCUUUCAAAAACCCAGUGUCUUUGGAGUCCUCCUGUGUGCGGUCCUUGGCCCUUUCUUACCCUCAUCCUUCACCCAUACUCUGCCUUUUUAGGCCAUCUAGCUACUUGCAGAUAACACUUGUCCUUAGUUUCACCUCUGCUGUCACAAAUUCCAGAUAGAUGAACCUCUUAAAGGGAAAAAAAAAAUAAUCACAAACACACAUGUACACACACUUUAUCAUAAUAGGGCUGUUAUCUGGCUUCCUCUGUGACCUUCUCCACACACAUCUAUCUGAUAGGGAGACACAUAUUUUCUUUGCAGUUUGAAGACUUCCUUUGAAACCUUCUCAUCAGGUUUGAAUAGUUCACUCUCUGUUUUUGAGUAACUUUCUUUUGUCUUGUUUUGCACUGGGGUAUACUCUGAGGGAGAGCAGAAAAGCACAUUUUUUAGUGAAAUAUUAUACUUUGUAAGCCAGUUGUCUGUCUUUUGUAACGUUUAUUUAUGACAGAGUGGCAGUACAGAGGGGAGUGGAGAUGAAGGCAGGACUUGGUGUUGGUGUUUUGACCACACCUGCUGGGAACAGGUGGAGGAGGAAGAGGAAACGCUUGGCAACGACUGAUAGAUGGAUGGCCUUCCUACACCCAGGGGGUCUUGGCUUCCACCGUCAGUUACAGGGAGGGCCUCUCUCCCCACUUCCCUGGCUCCUAACUCAGGAGUCUCUACUGCAUUUGGAUCAUCACCUGUCACAUUCAGGAAAGAGGCAAUAUCAUGGGCUUUGCAUAAGGAAUCUUUUUUUUUUUUUUUUUUUUUUCCCUAUGGCCACAUCCUUAGCUGUGGAAGUUCCCCGGCCAGGGAUUGAAUCCAAGCUACAGCUAUGACCUGCAACGCUGGAUCCCUGAACCCAUGUCCUGGGCCGGGAUUGAACCCAUACCUACUCAGCAACCCAAGCCACUGUGGUUGGAUCCUUAAACCACUGUGCCAUAGCAGGAACUCUGAGGAAUUCUUUACUCAACUUGGCAUGAUAUUUUUGAGUCUUCCCUUCUUGACUUCAACUACAUCUUUUUUGUUUUGAUUUGUUUUUCCCCCAAGAUCUUUAUUUCAUCAGAAUUAGAACUGUUGAUCACCACAAUGAUCUGACUUGCCUGAGUUGAACACCCAGACACAACUUUAAGGGAGAAAAACUGUCUGAAAGCUGCCUAGCUCCACUCUCCUGAAUCAGAAUCCCUGGGCCUAGAAGCCCCAAGGUCCUGAAACCAGCCUUGAGGUCUCUCUUUUCCCUCAGUGGUCCUGUAAUGUGUGGACACUCCUUGAUGCUGCAGAUAAGAUGUGGUCCCUCACUGGUCCUGUGUGAUGGAGAUAGGGUGUGGUACCCCUAUCCCUGACAGCACGUGCUUCCAGGCGCCUGUCAUCCAACACUGGAAACACUGUUUUCUUCGAUCCUCCCAGUGACACGAGGGGUCCUUUGCAAAACAGAAGGACAAAAUAAGGGAGUAAUUCCAGACCACCAUCAAAGGUGAAACGAAUUGUCUUAGUGACUGAGUCCUGGUCUUAUUGGUAUUAACAUCACCUUCCAUGCCUCAGAUGCCAGCAGUAGCCUCAGAGGACAUGAGCACAGGAUGCCCCAGGAUCACUGUAUUACACUGCAGACUCUUUGAUAGCCUGCCCAUAAGUAGAACUCUCAGUGAAAGCCUACCUGUCCUUUCCCAUUCUAGCCAACCCCAUCCCAGUCUUCACAGGAAGUCGUCUCUUCUCUCUGAAGUGCAGCAUCAACCUGUGUGAUCUUGCCCUGCCUUAAAUACUCAUGCAAAAAAAACAUGAAACCUUGCUCCCAGCAGCUUAGUGGUAUCAGGAGAGGGACUUUGCCUUCAGUGAGGUCCAACACCAAGAAUUCUCUCCCUCUGAAUCUGGGAGUUGACAGGCUUCCUGACAUGUUGUGCUGUCCUGGGCUGUGACUGCCCUCAGUCCAUUGCAGGAGGCAGAGAAGAUGCAGAGGUGUCCUGGGGAAUAAGGGAUGCAGGCAGAGGGGGCCAUGGGUCUUCCUCCAGGGUAAGCCAGGGGAGGAGUCAGCAAACUUUUCCUAUAAAGGGACAGGCUGAACACAGUCUGCGUUGCCACCCCUCACCUCUGCUAUUGUAGCAGGAAGUGGGCCAUGCAUGGACAGGGGCGUGGCUACGUUCCAAUAAAACCUUAUUUGCAAAAAUAGGCCGCAGGUCAGAUUUGGUCUACAGGCUGUGGUUGCUGGGCCCUAGGACAGACUGUCACAAUGUCCACCUCUGAUGGGAGAUUAGCUUCUCUUUGGCACAGAGUGGUCCUCCUUUUGGAAGCACCAGAAAGGGUAGGGAGAUGAUUUUUAAUCAGUCAAUGAUCAAAUACAAAAGAACCUCUUCUCCAGAAAUAUGAUAUGUCACUCUUUAUGAUAGCAAAAGCACAAAACAGGUCACCUCUCUUUGUAGAUCUUCCGGAAUCUAGCUUUUCCUUUUGACCUUUGCAUUUUCGCUCCCAGAACAAAAUCCCAAGUGAUGUUGCCUCGGUCCAUGUCCGUUUUGUAGACCACGUUAACAUGUCUUAAUACACUGUAUGGGGAAAAAAAAUAAACGUUAGCCUUAGAUUUCUUUGUUUUCUAUGGUUCCUGUUGUACAGAAGAAAGACAAACUGUAAAUAAUGUAUAUUUAAUAAAGAGAGAAUUUUGUAUGAUUUUGUGUGGAAGA